AUGAUCUUUCGUCUCACAAGUUCCAAGUACAGGGAACGUUCGGACAAGGUCGUCGUCUAUACUCUCACGCUACAAUACCUAGACUUCGACGGCUCACGGACCGGCUUCGUCACAGUUACGAGAGACGUUGAGCCAUUCGUUGGCGCCGUGCCCAUCUCCAACUUGGAAUAUUUUCCGCUUGACCGCCACCCGAGUUUCCAAGUAUUGCAACAAGAACUGAUCCAGCGCGGCGAAAGGAUCCUCCGCUUGCAGGGCCAGCACUUCAAGGAGUACAGAGGUCAUGGUCUCUCUAGUGAUGAGAUGAAGAGAUUUACCGUUUCCGGGCGCAUCAUGAUUGACGCCGCUGGAUAUGAACGACUAGAACCGGUUAAUUCAAUAGUCCCGCGGAUCAGAAACGCCGUGGACACAAAGAGCGCUUCAGCUGCUGAGAAGAUGCUCUUGAAUCCGAUCCUGUAUGGUUUCAGCUUCGAUGACAAAACCUGGGGAGCCUUUGCCGAAUCAUCCAUCUACGAUGUUGUGUGGAACGAGUCUGCCAUUGACAUGCUGGUACUUCCCCCUGAGAAGAAAGAAUUCAUCCAGGUUGUGGUGAAAGCUCACGGCUCUGGGGAGCAUGCAGCAAGGUUUGAUGACUUCAUCCGCAACAAGGGAAAGGGGCUGCUUGGCCUCCUAGCCGGUCCACCCGGCGUUGGAAAGACUAUGACAGCAGAGGCAGUGGCUGAAAUCGCCCACAGGCCACUCUACAUGAUCAGCUCCGGAGAGCUGGGCGAUACGUCUGCCUCAAUCCAGUCAGGUCUUUCCAAGUUGAUGAAGCUAAGCGAGAUGUGGGACGUCGUGGUCCUUCUUGAUGAAGCCGACGUGUUCCUUUCGGAGCGCAACAACGUCGACUUAUCGCGGAACGCCAUCACGUCGAUCUUCCUUCGGCAUCUGGAAUACUUCCAAGGCAUCAUGAUGCUCACGACGAACAGGGUAAAGAGCCUUGAUCAGGCUUUCCAGAGCCGCAUUCACUUCUGCUUAGACUACCCGGAUCUAACCUUCGACGCUCGCCGAAUGAUUUGGUCCAACUUCAUACAAAAAGCCUCGCAAGACAUCGAGGUCACUUUGCAGGACGAGGACAUGAACAAGCUGGCCCAGCAAGCACUGAACGGACGGCAGAUCAAGAAUGUCGUAGGCCUCUGCAAAUCAGUGGGUGGCGUCCCGAGAUCUCUACCAAAGAAGAACCUCUCCAUGGGUUAG